AAAAGCUGUUUUUUUCUUGAUAAAUAAAAAAUAAUAAUAAUCCUUUGGCGGGCGUUAGACUUAUUGGCAAUUGUCGCUCUGUUUUUCUAAGUCUCAACUACCAAGUCAGUAAACGCGCCUUUUCUGUUACGUUUUCUAUUUCGAAGUUGUGUAUUUUGUUUGUUGAUGUUAGAUUUCAUGGGCUGCUGUGUUUGUGUUUGAAAAAGGUAGGUUUUGUUUGUUGUUGUUGUAGUAAUAAACAUAAAGAGCAGAAAAAGGCAAAGAUGGGUGCGCGAUUUUCAAAGCAGGCAUCAAAACCAAAUCCUUAUGCUUGCAGAAAUACGGCUCAUCAGGAGAAAAAUCAUUUGCAGAUAGAAACAUCAAUUGAGAAUCCAACAGCGUCCACGCUUGAUGAGUUCUAUGACGGGAUACCUCAGUAUCAGAGGAGUUCUUACCAGAAAUCCAGAUCAUUUAGGGCAACUAAGGUUUCAGAAGUGAGUGCUCGUCUAACCAGAGUUGGCAGUGCUGGAUUUGAAAAGGCAGCAGGCCUUUUGGACACACUUGGGAUGAGUGUCGGUGGAUUUGUUCCCCGAACAACUGCCAAAAGCAGUGAACUUUCCAUUUUAUCGUUUGAGGUUGCCAAUACAAUUGUCAAAGGCUCUAACCUUAUGGAGUCGCUUUCAGACAAAAGCAUACGGAGACUGAAAGAAGUGGUGCUUCCUGCAGAGGGUGUUCAGAAGUUGAUAUCUAGUGACAUGGACGAACUUUUAAGAAUAGUUGCAUUUGACAAACGAGAAGAAUUGAAAGUUUUCUCAGACGAAGUUGUACGCUUUGGGAAUCGAUGUAAAGAUCCUCAGUGGCAUAACUUGGACCGCUUUUUUGAGAAACGUAACAGAGAUCGAACACCUCAAAAGCAGUUGAGGGAAACAGCAGAAUCACUUAUGCUGCAACUGAUUUCAUCAGUUCAUCUUACAGCUGAGCUAUACCGGGGGCUGCAUGCACUGGACAGAUUUGAGCAAGACUAUCAGCUUAAGCGCCUGGAGGAACUUAGAUAUAAUGCCUCUCAAAGAGGAGACCGGGACAACAGCCUGAACAAAUUGGCAGCCGAAUUGAAAAACCAGAGGAAAUUAGUUAAAAACCUUCAGAAAAAGUCGCUGUGGUCCAGAAGUAUGGAAGAGAUUAUGGACAAACUUGUGGAUAUCGUUUUAACGUUGAACCAGGAAAUAAACUCUACCUUUGGCAGUCCAGUAUUAGGCGAAACACAAGAAGAAGCAACUAUCAGCAAUCAGCAUAGGUUGGGAUCUGCUGGACUAGAUUUGCAUUAUGCUAAUAUCAUUUUGCAGAUUGACUCAAUAGUAGCCGUUUCAGGUAACGUGUCACCAAACACCCGAGACAUUUUGUACCAGAACUUGCCACCUAACAUGAAAGAUUCUCUACGAACCAAAGUUCGGUCUUUCCAUGUCGACAAAGAGCAGCUCACAGUAACAGAAAUCCAAGAUGAGAUGGAAAAGACAUUGCAUUGGCUUGUUCGGGUUGCUACAAAUACGGCUAAAGCUCAUCAUGGCUUUGGUUGGGUUGGAGAGUGGGCGGGCUUUGGGUCCAACCUGAACCGCAGGACAGUCGAGCCUUUGGACAUUAUGCAAAUCGAGACACUCCACCAUGCAGACAAGCAGAAGACAGAAGCUUAUAUUAUUGAUUUACUGUUGUGGCUUAACUAUUUGGUCAGUCGUUGCUGUUGGCAUAGCAAGUCGAGGAGGUUUGGGAAAGUUAUGAUCAGGGGAAGUGAUUACACUAGUGGGACAACAAAUUCUGGCCUCAAGGUUGUAUCCCGUGGUUGCCCUGAUCUGAAAGUUCUUUCUCUAUGGAACUUAUGGCCAAUUGGUGAUGAAGAGUUGUGCGAAAUUGCAAAAGGGUGUCGUUCUUUUGAAAAGAUCGACCUUUGCCACUGCCCCUCUAUCACGGACAAAGGUUUAAUUGCUAUUGCAUUGAAUUGUCCUAAUUUGGUUUGGGUUACACUGGAAUCUUGCUUGAAAAUAGGCGAUGAGUGUUUACGAGCUUUGGGCCGUUACUGUCUGAACCUAUACAUUAAAAAUGUGAAAAUUUGUCCACUCGUUGGUGACAAGGGAAUUGGGGGCUUGUUUUCAUUGCCUGGUCACAGCGUGACAAAAGCGAAACUUGAGGCACUAAGUAUCACUGAUGUGUCUCUUUCUGUCAUUGGACUCUAUGGGAGUGCGCUGUCUAAUCUUGGGCUCGUGGGCCUC